AUGGGUGACAAUGAUGAGAACAAAGAACUGAAGCAGAAGUUGUACUUCUCCUCUUGUGAACAAGAGCGUGAGCAGAAGGAAGCACCAGGGAGCAAGGAGGCCCGGAGCCAAACCCCGGAGAAGUUGGGAGCUCAGGGUUCAGAGGCAAAGCUCACACCUCCCAGGACUCCCCUCAGUAAAGUGCGUGACCUCAACACAUCUCAGGAAAAAGAUCAAGCAAGUCCAGAUCAGGGUCUGAGGACUCCGGUGUCACACUCUCUCACACGUCCUCAAACCCCAGCCCCGCCAGACAAGGGCAAGCCGCCACGCUGUGAGAAAACCUUCACUCCCAGAGGCCAGGUGAGCCAGCCGGUGAUUUCUUCAACAGGGAAGAUCCCCUCCCGAAGCUCUAAGCAUCUGAAGCUCACACCUAGCCCCUUCACUGAUGAGAUGACCUCAUUGGCUCUGGUCAAUAUUAAUCCCUUCACUCCAGAGUCCUAUAGAAAACAGUUCCUUAAAUCCAAUGGCAAGAGGAAAACCCGAGGUGAUCUCGAGGAAGCUGAUUCAGGAGAAGGCAAGGGAGAACAAGGGCUGCCUGCCAAGAGAUGUGUUCUACGAGAAACCAACAUGGCUUCCCGCUAUGAAAAAGAAUUCUUGGAGGUGGAAAAAAUCGGGGUCGGGGAAUUUGGUACAGUCUACAAGUGCAUUAAGAGGCUGGAUGGAUGUGUUUAUGCAAUAAAACGCUCCACAAAACCUUUGGUAGGAUUAUCAGAUGAGAAUUUGGCUAUGCAUGAAGUUUACGCGCAUGCGGUGCUGGGGCAUCACCCCCACGUGGUGCGUUACUACUCCGCGUGGGCAGAAGAUGACUACAUGAUCAUUCAGAACGAAUACUGCAACGGUGGGAGCUUGCAGGCUGCUAUAUCUGAAAACUCAAAGUCUGGCAAUCAUUUCCAAGAGCCCAAACUCAAGGACAUCCUUCUACAGAUUUCCCUUGGGCUUAAGUACAUCCACAACUCUGGCAUGGUGCACCUGGACAUCAAACCUAGCAACAUCUUCAUUUGUCAUAAGAUGCAAAGUGACUCUCCAGUAGUCCCAGAAGAGGUUGAAAAUGAAGCUGAUUGGUUUCUCUCUGCCAAUGUGAUGUAUAAAAUUGGUGACUUGGGUCACGUGACAUCAAUUAGCAAACCCAAAGUGGAAGAGGGAGAUAGUCGCUUCCUGGCUAAUGAGAUUUUGCAAGAGAAUUACCAGCACCUUCCCAAAGCAGACUUAUUUGCCUUGGGACUGACCAUCGCAGUGGCGGCGGGCGCAGAGUCACUACCCGCCAACGGCGCUGCGUGGCAUCACAUCCGUGAGGGGAAUCUUCCAGACACUCCCCAGGAGCUCUCCAAAGAAUUUCACCAACUACUCAAGAAUAUGAUCCACCCCGAUCCAGCAGAGAGGCCUUCUGCAGCGGCUCUGGCCAAAAGUCGAGUUCUCUGCCCCUCCCUGGGGAAAACAGAAGCGCUUCAGCAGCAGUUGAACUUGGAAAAGUUCAAGACAGCCACACUGGAAAGGGAACUGAAAGAAGCCCAGCAGGCCCAGUCCCCCAAGGAAUGCCACAGUGUCCCUGGGGUCUCUGGGACCCCCACGGGAUCAAGAAGCAGCAAACGCCUGGUGGGAGGAAAGAGUGCCAAGUCUUUAAGCUUCACCUGCGGGCAAUCUUCCCCAUAAGAACUCCUUUCACACCAACUCACCUUUUAUCCCCAAAAUGGAUACCAACUGUGUCGACCUUUCUCUUGCAAAGGGAGAAACUAACGGACUUGGGUCCCCAAACAUUUCAAAAGCCACUCUUCAUUUAGCAUUUUCAGCCAAAAGAUCCUACGGCUAUCAAGGCUUCCUAGCAGCAAUGGCCACAGGUACUGUCAUCGGUAGCCAUUUCUCUUCUCUCUCGCUACAUUCCUAACACGA